CAUUCUUGGGCGACCCGACUAAACCGACGCGACAGCGCAUCCCGGCUACUCCAGCCAACGCUGGCGGCUAUAGCUUGAGCAGUUUGCGGACAGGAGCUGCCAUGCAGUACGUACGAUCAAUUUCUGGCUCCGUCUCCAAGACCUGGAACUCGAUCAAUCCUGCAACUCUCAGCGGCGCAAUCGACGUCAUCGUCGUUGAACAGGAGGAUGGAUCGCUGGCGUGCUCACCCUUUCAUGUCCGAUUUGGAAAGUUCUCGCUGUUGCGCCCUUCGGAAAAGAAGGUCGAAUUUAAGGUCAACGAUGUAAAGCAGGACUAUUCGAUGAAGCUUGGAGAGGGCGGGGAGGCCUUCUUCGUUUUCGAGACCUCUGCAAACAUCCCCGUUGACAUGCAGACGUCGCCUUUAGUAUCCCCGGCCUCGAGCCCAGAGUCGAAACCGCUAGAACCUCCUCCCAGCCGCGGGCUACUCGAGCCCGACCCUUUAGACUUAGACGCACAAUUGGACGGGCCACAUGGUAGAGUGAGAGCGCAAUCUUCAGCGCCCCCGCUGGAUUUGGGGCCAGAGACUGGAAAUGGGCAUGGCCGAGGGAGAUCGAGCGACUGGGCAGGCAUAUCUGCUCCCCCGACCAUGGAACGAGCAGCAACCGACGAAGUCCUUCCCUCCACCAAAGACGCUUUGCAAAAAGAAUUUGACACAAAGGAAGCCGGUCCUACUCAGAUAAAACCUGACGUUGCGACUGCUUGGAAUGUUUCCGAGCGAUCCACUAGCCCACCCCCUAUAUCACCCACCGAAGCCAAAUCCCGCGCCAUCAAGCUUUCGAAAAAGUUACUAACUUCUAAUAUACCGAAUCGUGUCACAGAUAGUGGAGAUCUGAUGUUGGAUAUGACAGGAUACAAGAGCAGUGAAGAAGAGUCAUUGCGCGCGGAGGUUAUUGCCCGCAAAAUUCUUUCUGAAGAGAUUGAGGGCAAUUAUGAUAUCGGUGCGCUUAUUGGAGCAGACGAAAACGGCAAUCUUUGGAUAUAUAGUAGCGAGGAAGCGAAACAGGCUGCUGGUCGGCGGGUAGCUCUGCACACUCUGAACGAAGAUGGACUCCGAUCGUCGGACGCGAUAUCGGAUCCUGGAUACCACAGCGACGAUGCUCGCGCUUCAGAAUCCGAGUAUCUUGCCUCGCAUCUUCGUCGAGACUCUGAUAGCGCUGUGGGACUCACAACACCACCUGAAAGCCCUGAUCCGAAUUCUUCUGGGGAUCCAAACCGAAACUAUGCGAAAACCCUACGCCUCACAAGCGAUCAGCUUAAGUCAUUAGAGUUGAAGCCCGGCGCCAACUCUGUGAGCUUCAGCGUCAAUCGGGCUACAUGUUCAGCUUUCAUGUACUACUGGAAGCAUGAUGUUCCCAUCGUGAUAUCCGACAUUGAUGGCACAAUCACCAAAUCCGACGCCCUUGGACACGUUCUGAACAUGAUCGGUCGCGACUGGACCCAUCUUGGCGUAGCCAAACUUUACACCGACAUUGCCGCCAACGGCUAUAACAUCUUCUACCUCACCAGUCGCUCAGUUGGACAGGCCGACACCACACGAGCCUAUCUCAACGGCGUAGUCCAAGACGGCUACCGUCUCCCUAAGGGCCCGACCAUCAUGAGCCCGGACCGCACAAUCGCCGCCCUCCGCCGCGAGCUCUACAUCCGCAAACCCGAAGUUUUCAAGAUGGCAUGUCUCCGCGACAUCAUGAACCUCUUCGGCAAGCCAGCAGGCCAAACGCCCUUCUACGCGGGCUUCGGGAACCGGCUCACGGACGCCUUGAGCUACCGCUCCGUCAACAUCCCCUCCACCCGCAUCUUCACCAUCAACUCCAACGCCGAGGUUAGCUUAGAUUUGCUCACGCUGAAUAAGUACAAGACAGGUUACGCGAGCAUGCGCGAGAUUGUGGACCACUUCUUCCCGCCUGUCGGGCUGCUUGUCCCGAAUGGCGGGGAGAACUUCACUGACUUCAAUUACUGGCGCGAUCAGCCCUUGGAUCUGGACCAAUUCACGGACAGUGAGAGUGGUGAAGACGAUGACGAGGAUACGGAGGCGGGCAGUAUCAGGAGUGAGGAUGAAGGCACGGAGGGGCUGGGAGAGGAUCUUGAAGCGAGCUACUUCUCACGCGAUUCGAUUGACGAGACUAGCGGGCUUGAGGAUUCAAUCCUGGAAAGCGUUGAGGGGGAUGAGAUGGUGCAUUCGGCGAUACUAGAAGAGGACGAGGGUGGCGAUAGUGAGGAAGAUGAAGACGACGAGGAAGCGGAUGAUGCGGCGCCCGGGGACGAGACUGAUGAGAUUCUAGACCGUGCGGCAGAACGGCUGGAGGCGCUGGACUUGGCGGAUGAGGAGACGCCGACGCCGGGGCUGAAGGAGGAUCCAAUGGCUGCUCUGAGUGGCUCGGCGCCCGUGUCUGCGAGAGCGUCGCCGGGCAAGAAGCAGGCACGGAGGGAGGAGAUCGAGCAGGCGGUAUGAUCAAACGAGAAGGAGCCGUUAGAUUCGCAUUAUUAUCGACAUCGAAAGUACCAAGCGUAGGUGCUCAAGCAUUUCACGAUCGCUUUGAAUUGAGUUACAGGCAUGUGGAGGCGCUGAUGGGGAGAAAGCGGACGGACGCAGCCGCAGAGACGCGGAGUGCGGGGACUAAUGACGGGAUGCUGGCUGUUUCACU